AUGGCGUCAUGUGUGACUCUCGUUCUGAAAUUUGAUAGCGUUUUUGGGGUGAAAAAUUGUACGGGGGAUUUUACUUUUGAUGAGUUAAUUGGAUUUGUGAGCACGAAGUUUAAUGGACUGCAGCGUAACAACGUGGUUAUGUCGUACAAUAUACCCGGUGUUGGUGAGGGUGUGUUGGGUGACGACGAUGAUGUUUUGUUCAUGUUGUCUUCUAUGAGGGAUUUGUCAAUGAGUCGGAUUGAUGUAGUUAUAAAACAAAGGAUGGGUGAUAGUGGGGGUUUGGUUGGGUUGGCUCCGGUGUUACCUAAUACGUAUGAAUGGGAUGUUGAUCGAGGUGGUGCGAAGGAUUUUAGGAAGGCGUUAUGUCUUUAUGCUAUUGAGAUGGGUUUUGAAUUCCGGUAUGUGAAGAAUGAGCGUGUUAGGGUCACUGCAGUUUGCAAGGAUAGGGAUGUGAAUGACUGUAUGUGGAGGAUUCAUGCAUCGAUUGAGCAUGCCAAUGGUUACUUCUAUAUUCGAAGAUAUGUCAAGCAUCACACCUGUGGCAGUGGAUUUGCUACGUCUAGUAAGAAGAGGUUGACGUUGGAUAUAAUUGCUGACUUGGUGAUGUGCGAAGUGAGAUCUAAGCCUGGGUGGGUGGCCAACGAUGUGGUUGUCCAUGCUAAACUUCAUUUUGGUAUUGAUAUCAGUUACUAUGUCGGUUGGAGAACUAUUCAGGCUUCUAGGGAACACAUUUUUGGUAGUCACACAUCAUCGUAUUCUUAUUUGCCAUCCUAUUUUGAUGAACUUGUCAGGACCAAUCCCGAAAGUUCAUGUCAGCCUGUGUUGUCCGUUGAUGGUACGUUCUUGAAGGGGAAAUAUAGGGGGAUUUUGCUUGCUGUUGUUGCAUUAUUCUCGGUGGCUUUUGCUGUUGUCAAUGAGGAGACUGAUUGUAACUGGACAUACUUUUUUGAACACCUGAAGACAGCUAUUGGGACAGAACGUACGUUGACAUUUGUGUUGGACCGUAACAGCGGUAUAUUGAAAGGAGUGAAGGAUAUAUUUCCAGGCUGUUUCCAUUCUUUCUGUGUUUAUCACAUCCAGAAGAAUCUUAUGAACAAGUUCCGUGGUAGUACGGCCACUUUUCGUAAGGCGAUAUCUUUCCAAUUUAAUUCGUGUGUUUACGCAGCUACCAGGGAAGAAUUUGAUCAGAAUAUGGAGAACUUUAGGAAGAACGGUGGACCUAGGGUUGAUAACUUUUUAUGCAAUUUACCUCCUGAAAAUUGGGCUCAUGCUUAUUUUGGUGUGAAGAGAUAUGGACAGGUUGCGUCUAGUGGUGCAGAGUCGUGGAAUUCGAGCUUAUCUGAUGUUCGUGGAUUGCCGAUAACAAAUAUGAUUGAUGGCAUCAGAAGCAAAAUGAUGGUUGAUAUGUGUUUUGCUAGUAAUGUUGCGUCGAAAUGGACGUCUGUGUUGUGUAAAAAAGUCCAAGAUUUGAUUGAUGGUCUUGUUCAAGAUGCUAGAGUGAUCACUGCUCGUCAAGCAUCUGAUGAUAUUUUUGAGGUGCUUAGCGAUCCGGUUGCUGUUGUCGACAUUCGUAGCAGAAGUUGCACUUGUAGGAUGUGGCAGAUCAAUGGGCUGCCUUGUGUUCACGCGGUUUGUGUAUUGUUUAAGUACAAAAAGACUGGUGGGUAUGAUUAUUUUGACGAACAUUUUCGUACAUAUUGUUAUAGAAGAGUGUAUUCUCACACCAUUGUUCCUUUUGUUACUGAUGUGGGUCGGCCUCCGGCUGUUGAAAUUGGUGCGCCUGAGUUCAAGUCGCAUUGUGGUAGGCCAAAGAACAAAAGAAUUCCAUCUGUUGGGGAAAACAUAUCAAGCAAGAUGAAGUGCAGCAGGUGUAAUCACAUUGGCACCCACAAUAAGAGAACCUGUAUUAGGAACAUGGCUUAG